AUCGAAUUACAUAAAAUAACAACAUGGAAGUUUAAACAAAUAAAAAUCGAUAGCGCCAAAUAAAUCGAUAUAAUGAAAUACUUUUACAACCGAUACUGUUAAAACAGUCAUUGAUAAUUUUGCAGAUUUAACUUGUGCAUUAUUCGCGUCUUGUUGUUUAUAAAUUGGUAUUUAUUCACUGUACGGAAUGUUUUACGAGCAAUCGUGUUUAUUGUGCUUGGAAAAAACCAGCGCAACUGAUGGUCGAAUAAAUAUUGAUUCUGAUGAUCCGCAAUCAGUAAAGAUUCAUGAGGCAAUUAAACAACAUUUUAGAGAAGAGCUCAGUAUGAUACCUUUUUUAACAACCAAAGUCGUGUGUAACCAAUGCUGGGAAUUGGUACAAUCUUUUGAUGAAUUUUAUGUUCGUGUACAGAAGGCGCACUUAGCAGCGAGCGACAAACUUAAAUUUUUGCAAGAGAUGGAGAUAGAAGUAAAAGAAAUUAAAGUGGAAACGAACACGUUAGAGGAGUUUAUUUCUCUUCCAAAUCGUCGAAGUAAACACUCACGCGGUCUGGAAACUGUUGAGAAAAAUGUGGAGUACAAGUCAAUUGUUACACAGGAAAACGGAUAUAACACUGAACAGGAUCAGGAUGUAAAUGAAGAAAAUCUUGUUAUAAAGUGUGAAGUUAUACAAGAUGAUACAUUAGAUGCAAAAAUUUCACCGCAGAUUUUAGAAGAUGAGAGUGAAUCACGGAGCUCAGUAUCAGAAGACGUUAAAAAGCAUGAAGAAGAGAAGGCAUUGCAACGUGCCCCACAUAAAAUAUUGCGGGCUAAAGGAAGGCCAAGAAAAAAACGGGCAAAAGAAAAGAGAGAAACAAAGCAACAAAAUAAAAAGCGACAUAAAACUACGGGCUAUGAUGAAUUUAUUGCACAAAAUUUUACAUUAAUCUGCUUUCUUUGUCAAAAGUCUCUAACAGACUUUAAGGAAUUAAAAAGUCAUUUUCGCAAGCACCACCAAACAAUUGGAUAUGUAAUGUGUUGUGGCAAGAAAUUACUUAACCGAGGUGUGCUUGUUGAUCAUAUCAAUGUUCACAACAACCCAGAAUAUUUCAAAUGUCAACACUGCGAGAAGGUAUUAUGUGAUCGAAAUGGUCUCGAAAAGCAUUUGCAGUAUUUUCAUGGAUCCAGAGAACGUACUUAUCAUUGCACUAUUUGCUCCAAAAGCUUUUUCAGCAGUAAAGUUCUAGCUCGACAUUGUCUAAUACAUGCACCAGACGAACAGAAAAAUAUUAAGUGCACACAAUGCGAUAAAGCAUUCAGUAAUAAGUACAGCAUGAAACAACACUUAGCGCUUGUUCAUCUAAAUUUAUAUGCGAAGAUAUGUGAUAUUUGUGGCAAGGCUUUAAACGGAAAUGAAGCAUUUCGACGGCAUCAGGAGGAACAUGCUGGUAUACCCGCGUCCUCUGUGAAGUGUAAUUUAUGUAAUGCAGAGCUUAAGACAAAAUACGGAUUGGCGCGGCACAUGAAAACUAUGCAUACCGAGAAGUAUCAAACUCCCCAAGUCUGUCCAUUUUGCUCUAAAUUAUCUCCAACUCUAAUGGCACAUAGAAGCCAUAUUGAGUAUAUGCACCUCAAUAAAAAAAAGCAUGCCUGCAAGCUUUGUGACAAAGCAUUCAAAUCGCCAAAAAGCCUACAAGAACAUAUGACAACACAUACAGGAGAAGUUUUCUGUACUUGCACAUUUUGUCCCCAAACGUUCAAUUCUAAAUCGAACAUGUACACUCAUCGUAAACGAAAGCAUCCAAAAGAAUGGGCAGAAAAAUGUGCAAAAAAAAGAAAUUCCACUGGAAUUGGGCAAAAUAUUCAAAAAGAUGUGACACCCAUGAUAGAGCUGUCUGAUGCAAGCAAAGCACAUGUUUAAUGAUAUAAAUUAGGAAAUAGUAAUUACUGAAGUUGGCAAAAUAAAUAAAUUAUUUGAAUCCGUUUCCAUACAUAAAAUGUGAUCGCGAAAUAUCUUUAACCAUUGGAAAUUAUAGCACUUUAGAAACUAUUCGGUGCACGAAAUGGUAUAAAGUUUAAAAUUUGUAAUAGGGUUAAACCAUUUAGUAAACCCAAAGACUCAAAUUUGGGGGUGGAAAGAAGAGAGAAGUGGAAUCAUCUCAGUAAGUGGUCGAGGUGAGAAUGAUGUCUUUUUGUGGUCUUUUCUCGAAUACACAAAAAGGAAAAGACACGAAGUGCAAGAGCACGGAAACAAUGGUACAAAUGCCAGGCGAAGUGAAUACUGGCGAAUGAUGCUGGAAGAAAAAAUAAGCUGGAUGGGAUGAAAAUUUCUCUUUCGACGUGUUUGAUUUAUAUUUGAAAAUUCAUGGCAAUUAUUUUUUAUACCAUAAUACUAUCUUCUUAAUUCUCGAGACUAUUUGUCUAGCAACAACGAUUUAUUAUUGAAAAGAAGCCGCAAAUGAAAAGGUUCGAUACUGAAAGUACUUAAUUUCGAGUAAGCAAACCACAUUUAACGAUCCAGUUCGUGAUACUGCUACAACAACAACAACUACAUGCACUUCGUGAUAGAAUUUCAGCCAAGGCGAAUCUAUUCAUGGUGAUUGCUAGUGCCAUGGUUUAGUAGUACAAAAACAAAAUUUGAAAGUAUUUUGUUUUUCUUUUUAUCUUACAGAUUCUCAAAGCAAGGUGAUUAUUUCUAAGGAGGGUAAAUUUGACAGAAAACAUUUUUUAGCUUCAGAGCUUUGAUUAAAAAAUAAAAACAAAAUCAUGAUUAACCCUUUGCACUCGAUUUAUUUUCAAAGUUGUUGCGUGUCAACUUGUUAUUAUUUUUAGCUAAAUGAAUUAAAGUAAUUUACAGUCGUAGAAUUCAACGUAUUAUAUUUAUUUCAUUAAUUAUUAAUAUAAAAUGUUUUAUUUUUUGUAAUCUUUUACAGUGUGAUACUUUUUAAAACAAUUUCCAACGUGAAGAAAAGGAUGUCUUUCGCAUGUUUCGCAGAAAUAAACAGUUGUCUUCCUUUCGCCCUUAGCUUUUCUGUUAGAACAGACCAUACAAUCAUUAUGUUUUUUUCCCGGAUGAGGUACUAAAAUGUGGAGUUUUCCAUCAAGUCGAUUCUCUACAUCUGAUGUUGAUUCCGUGCACGACUUGCACUCGAUUAACAAAACUUGACAAAUUAUAACUGUAAGAUCUCGAAUACCGUAUGUAUUUUACAGUUAUUUAGUGCUAUUGGUUACAGGCAUACAUUAGUAUUGUCACCUCCAGUGUGACAUACGAGUUGUAGAGUAAAUAAGUAUUGUCACCUCCAGUGUGACAUACGAGUUGUAGAGUAAAUUAGUAUUGUCACCUCCAGUGUGACAUACGAGUGCAAAGGGUUAAAUUAAAUUGCUCUAAUACAUUAUUUUGACGCAUUAAAAAUGUAAAAACGCUAGCUCCAUGCCCAACUGCAGGGAUCGGACAACCGCACUAAUUUAAAGGCAUCCGAAAAAAACAUUGCGAGGGUCUGAAAAAUAUCGACUUGAAUGGUAUCGAUUCAUCAUUAGAUCGAGUGAAUUUUCACAAACAUGUAAUUUCACUAA